GCAGCUGUGGGGCGGGGAAAAGCGGGCUGGGGCUUAGAACGCUCGCUGGACUACGAGCAGGACUGACGAGUCCGCAACUUCUCACUGCCCGGCUCAGCCCAGCUCUGAGCCAAGGACUGGCCCUGGGCUCGAGUGCAGUUGGACUUCAGACGCUCUGCAAAGAGCAGAGACCUAGGACCCGGGAGCAGAGGACCAAGAUCUGAGGCAGUUCCAGGAGCACCAUGCCUCAGGCGGUCGAGGCCAAGAUAACCAGCCAGACAACUGUCCAGGGAGGCCCGCCGGCUGCAUCAUCUGAGAGCACUGAAGCACAGUAGCCGGCCGAGUGAGUGUGUAGUCAGGCUCUAUCCAAUGCUUCCUGACCCUGAGACCCAACUCCAACCAAAAUAAAUUGAGCAGGCAACAGAAAGCCUCCAUCUGAGUGCCAUGCCAGCUGUGAAAAAAGAGCUCCUGGGCCGCAAGGACCUGGCCCUGGCUCUGGCUACCUUCCACCCGACCCUGACCUCACUGCCGCUGCCACCACUGCCCGCCUACUUGGCGCCACUGCCCGCUGCAGCAGCCCUGCCUUCGGCUGCCUCGCUGCCCGCCUCAGCCUCCAGCUAUGAGACAUUGCUAGCUCCAUCACUCUGCCCCCCGCGCGCUUACCUUAACCUGCACGAGGCCGCGCCUCAUCUCUACUUGCCCGGAGACCCGCUGGCCUUCCAGUGCUUCUCAGCGACAGCAUCCGCGGCACCGGAUUUCCAGCCGCUGAUAGACAAUGGUGAGCCAUGUAUCGAGGUGGAGUGCGGUGCUAAUCGUGCACUGCUCUACGUACGCAAACUCUGCCAGGGCAGCAAGGGCCCGUCCAUCCGCCACCGAGGCGAGUGGCUCACACCCAACGAGUUCCAGUUUGUCAGCGGCCGCGAGACGGCCAAGGAUUGGAAGCGCAGCAUCCGCCACAAAGGGAAAAGCCUGAAGACACUUAUGUCUAAGGGGAUCCUGCAAGUGCAUCCCCCGAUCUGCGAUUGUCCAGGCUGUAGAAUAUCCUCGCCUGUGAACCGGGGACGGCUAGCUGACAAGAGAACAGUCACUUUGCCCCCUACACAUGCCCUAAAGAAAGAAAGAACCUCCAGUUUCUCAGCCAGCGAUGGUGAUAGUGAUGGAAUUGGCCCAGCCUGUGAGCAACAACCAGUCCUGAAGCAGGAGGAUGAUCCACACGUCCAAAUCAUGAAGAAAAGAGUUCACACCCACUGGGAUGUGAAUAUUUCCUUCAGAGAAACAUCCUGCAGCCAGGACAACGACCUCCCUACCCUUAUAUCCAGUGUACAUCGAAGCCGUCACCUCGUUAUGCCUGAGCAUCCAAGCCACUGUGACUUCCAGAGAGGCAACGUGGAGAUUGGCCUUGGACCUGGAGGUGACCUGUUGGGCAAGAGGCUGGGCUGCUCCUCCUACAUUACCAACAACUGUUCUUCAGAGAAAAAGGCCCGAAGCAAGUCCCCCCAAGAGACUCUGCUGCUUCCAGAGCUGGAAUCUACAAUGGCACCUGAGGACCACUACCAUCGGCUCAUGUCAGCCCUGUGUGAGGCUGGCCCCUUUGAGGAAACUCAACGUCUCUACCACUUGGGUAUCCCCAGUCAUGAUAUGCUAAGGGUACGGCAGGAAGUGGCAACAGCCACUUUGAGGAAUCCCAACAGCUUGGAAGUACACCUGCCCUCAUCUACAGCAGUCCACCGACGGAAGCAAGGCCUUGUUCAGCACCGGGAGGGAACAGUUCCAGCUGCUACCCCAUCCUUCUCUGAAAGGGAACUGUCACAGCCACCCCCUUUGCUGUCGCCCCAGAAUGCUCCCCAUAUUGCCCUGGGCGCCCAUCUCCGGCCUCCUCUUCUGGGGGUACCCACAGCUCUCUGUCAGACCCCAGGUUACAGCUUCCUGGCUCCUGCCCAAACUGAGAUGUUAGCCCGGCAGCAGGAGCUUCUACGGAAGCAGAACUUGGCUCGGUUGGAGAUGUCCGAGUUGCUUAGGCAAAAAGAACUGGGCAGUGCUCACCGCCCACAGCUACUGGCGCCAGAGGUAGCCCUGCAUAUUCCUGAGGGUCCUGAUGAGCUCCAGCGACGUGGCUCCAUGCUGGUUUUGAAACACAGCUCAGCACCACUACUGGCCCUGCCAUCCAAGGGACCCCCAACCCCAUCCAAGGAGUCUGCCCGAAGCCGAUCCCAAAAGGGGAGUCUUGGUGCUGCCUCAGCCCGGCCCAAUGAACCUAAUGAGACUGCCCUCUGGGCUCAAGAUGUCUCUGAGGAACCAUACAAGGACUCAGAUGGAGACGACCCUGAGAUAGCAGCUGCCAGGGUCGGGGCCUCUACUCCCAGCCAAGUCCCAUCAGGAGGGACCAGAGCAGAAGGAAAGGGGCUUCUCUCAGGGUCCACACUGACCUCUCCACUGCCCCUGGGAUUCCCCUGUGGGGCAGCCAGCCCCUACUUCCGCACAGGCACCAUGGGGGGACUCUUCACUGAUGAGGGGACCAUAGCCCCUGACGACGUCAACAAGUGGACUGUAGAUGAUGUCUGCAACUUCGUGGGGGGCCUUUCUGGCUGUGGCGAGUAUGCCAGGGUAUUUAGAGAACAAGGAAUAGAUGGAGAAACUUUGCCUCUCCUGACAGAAGAGCACCUUCUAAAUACCAUGGGAUUGAAGCUAGGGCCUGCUCUCAAGAUCAGAGCACAAGUAGCCAAGCGCCUGGGCCGUGUCUUCUACAUGGCCAGCUUCCCUGUGGCCCUGCCUCUACAGCCGCCAAGCCUUCAAGCACCUGAGCUCAGCCCAGGACAGCAACCCCUGUCCCCAGCAACCACCACCUCCCCAUAUGAGGGGGCCCACUUAUCCACAGGCCGAGCCUCACCCAAACAGGAGAAUGGGUCAGGGACCAUAGCUUUGCUCCCAGGGGACCCAGAUACUUCCCAGCUUCUCUAACCAUCAUACUCUCUGAUACCCAUGAAACUGACCACCCCCAGGGUAUUUUUCCUUUUGAUUUUAGAUGCAAAAACACCAAGAAUAUUUUUUUUUAA